UAGUCUAUCGCUUUAAAUCACAAUCUCUGAUAAAGCAGAGAUCAUAAAGUCCUAGUGGAAAUUGGGAAAAUCACAGAUCAGUCUCUUUGCUAAAUAUAUCUAGCAGAAUAAUAUUUCAGAGUGCCGUUGAGGAGUUGUAAUAUUAAUAUUGAUCAUUCCUUUUAUCACUGUGUUCAUUUAGGUAGGUAUUUUAAGCAUUCUGAAUUGUGUACCAAAGAAAUGGUGAUGGAGAAGCCAAGUCCCCUGCUUGUAGGGCGGGAGUUCGUGAGGCAGUAUUACACACUCUUAAACAAGGCACCAGACUUUCUGCACAGGUUCUACGGAAGACACUCCUCCUAUGUUCAUGGUGGACUGGAUGCUAGUGGGAAGCCGGCAGAGGCUGUAUAUGGGCAAGCUGAGAUCCACAAGAAGGUGAUGUCCCUUCAGUUCAGUGAAUGCCACACGAAGAUCCGCCACGUGGAUGCCCACGCCACCCUGAACGAUGGAGUUGUGGUUCAGGUCAUGGGGGAGCUCUCCAACAAUGGACAGCCAAUGAGGAAGUUCAUGCAGACCUUUGUGCUUGCUCCUGAGGGUUCGGUGGCUAAUAAGUUCUACGUGCAUAAUGACAUCUUCCGCUACGAAGAUGAGGUUUUCGCAGAUUCCGAGGCGGAGCUUGAAGAAUCUGAAGAGGAGGUUGAAGAGGAGCAGGAAGAGCGACAGCCCACGCCAGAGCCGCUCCAGGACAGCCCGAGAAGCACCACCUACUACGAACAGCACCCUGUGACUAACGGUGUGGAGGAGCCGCUGGAGGAGCCCACCCCUGAGCCAGAACCAGAACCCGAGCCGGAGGAAGUGAAGAAGACCGAGGAGGAGCCCAAGCCCAAUGUCGAGGAGAAGGUUCUGGAAGAGCUGGAGGAGAAAGUGCCAUCUCCGGUGCCUGUCGAGUCCCCACCCCACGCCCAGGAACAGCCGAAGACCUUCUCCUGGGCUUCAGUGACCAGUAAAAACCUGCCCCCCAGUGGCACAGCUGCUUCCUCUGGAAUUCCUCCCCAUGUUGUUAAAGCCACAAGUUCGCAGCCCCGAGUGGAGCCCAAGCAGGAGGCCCAGCCCCCCGCCCCGCGAGCCAGAGACCAGCGGACACGUGAGAGACCUGGGUUUAUCCCGCGAGGACCCAGGCCCGAUGGAGUGGCUUCGUCAGACUCGCAAGCUGGAAAACCCCACUUCAGCUUCAUCAGCAAAGGAAGGGGAGAUGCCGAGGCGAACGAAAUGGAGGGCAGGAGGAUCGUGAGGUAUCCAGACAGCCACCAGCUCUUUGUUGGCAACCUGCCACAUGACAUCGACGAGAGCGAGCUGAAGGACUUUUUCAUGACCUUUGGAAAUGUGGUCGAGCUGCGGAUCAACACCAAGGGCGUCGGAGGGAAGCUGCCAAACUUUGGCUUCGUGGUCUUUGAUGAUUCUGACCCUGUGCAGAGAAUUCUGGGUGCAAAGCCAAUCAUGUUCCGCGGCGAGGUACGGCUGAACGUGGAGGAGAAGAAAACGCGGGCCGCGCGCGAGAGGGAGACUCGCGGAGACGACCGCCGGGACAUGCGCCGCAACGAGCGCGGCCCCGGAGGCCCCCGCGGCAUCAUGGGAAGUGGAAUGAUGCGGGAUCGGGAUGGGAGGGGCCCUCCCCCGCGGGGCGGGAUGGCCCCCAAGCCGGGCCUGGGGUCAGGAAGAGGAGCAGGCCAGGGCGGGGAGAACCGCUUCACCACCCAGCGCCGCUGAGACCGCCACCUGCAGUUCGGAAGUAGUACCACGUUCUUCAUCUUUGCGUUCUCGUUAACGAAAUCUACAUAAAUAUAUAUACUUUUUUGGCUUUGGAAUGUGACACAGCCUGUCAACCAUUUCUUUGAUGUGAAAGACAAAAAAAAAAAAAAAGCGCAAACAUCAUUAGUUCACCAACUUCGAGCCGAGCCUCCUUGUCCGGUUUCUCAAGAGUUUGCAAACGUUCAUUUUUAAUUUGAAAAGGAGAAAUAAAAACAGGAGAAUCUGCAAUGUGAAACAGGGACUGAUAAGACUUUACUGUAGCAGCCUCUCAUUGGGAGAAGAGAUUAAGCGCAUGCCUCACGUUACAAGCGGGGCUGUACGGAUUCUUCCUCUGCACAUUUUGUAUAAAUGCGAUCUGCCCGUUACUGUGGAAACAAGAGGUGCAAAUUUUGUGCAAUUGGAAAGCUUGUCUUUUUAUUUUCUUUAAAAAAAAAAAAAAAAAAAAACACUGCUUAGAACUAAAAAAACAACAAAAAAAAACAACAAAAAAAACAACAAAUUGCAUUUAUGCACUCAUCAAUAUGCACUAAUGGGUACUUGUCAUUUUACGCCGACAUCCUUGGGACGAACCUGGAGGUCCCCCUCAGUUGCCGGUCUCUUGGCUUAGACAAAUUACUGGCAGGUCCUGAUCGCCACCUGCCAUGACCAAUACACUUUCACAUCUCUAACCCUUAACUAUGUUUCAAUUACUGCUGGGGGGAAAAAAAACAAAACAAGUAUUUUCUUGUGAAUUAAAUUAAUAAAGAGCAAUCCUGGACUUCAAAUGGAAAAAAAAGGAUGAGAAAAUAAGCUCAACACUAGGAGUGUUUGAUGGCUCACUUUGCUUUAUUUUUUUAUUUUCAUGUUUUUCUACCGUCUAACCAACAUUGCCCGACUGCGACGCAGGGCUUGUCGACUCAUCCCCAUCUGAGGAAAUAUGGGUAUAACAUAAUAAAUGUACAGCAAAAUCAUAGCUUACUGUAUUAUUUUUUAUUGGCUUUUAGUUUACAAAAGCAUGAUGGUGCCUUUUGUUACAUCCUUCCAGUCUUACUGUUGAGACUGUGCUUUGAAAAGCACUUACUAUUGACAGAGGAGCUGUUGCAGUAGUGGUAAUAUUUCAGUACAUUGCACUAUCCUGGUAUGACAAAGGGUUACAGGUACAAUUUAUACAAUCCCAGGCUGCCCAACUAUAUUUGACUUCAGGAAAGUUGCUGUAAUUUUUAAUUUUCUUUUUUAAAUGAAUAUAUACACUUGUUUAUAGUUCCUGGUUCAAAAGGCAGUCAGUUGAGAAACUUGAGAAAAGGCGCCUGAAUUCUUUUUUUUUUUUCUUUUUUUUUUUUCUUUUAUUCUCCAUGCUACAAAUGUUUUAAAGUUGCAGUAGUUUCCAUUUGCUUUUCAUAGUUAAAUUUUGUCUUUUGGAACUGCUUACCACUAAAGCAUCUUCGAUAAAAUCAGAUGGAUGGAGAAAUGAGUGCACUGCUUGGUUUCUACGUGUGAGUGGUGUUCAGUCCAGACAAUUAGAUCAUGGAGUGGCUUUACAAGACUGCCCGAAUUAGAAAUGGGGGGGGGGGAGAGAGAGAGAGAGAUACAGGGUUUAGGUAGAGUCUUGAAAUGCCUGCUUUCUGGAGUGGUUGGGUGGAGAAAUUAAUCAUGAACUUGCCAUUUGUGGGUAAGGCAGGUAACUGUGGUUCCUGUAAAAAGGCCCCAAAAUCCCUCUGCCACCAGACGAGGCAGAAACGUCAAAACAAAAGUCCUCUCCCCUGUCAUUCCUGGUCACUAGCAAGCUAAUGCCCAAGUGUUUCUUAAUGAGUUCAUGUAUUUUGUCUUGGGACCCCUUCCCCAAACACACUUCUCCUUCUCUGGCCUUUCCUGUUUUAACACGCCACAGUUCAUUGUAGCAGACACACCCAUCAAUGUUUCAAUCCUGGAGUCUCAAGAGAAAUCAAUAAAUGGGCUGCCAAUGGGAUCAAAUAUCACGCUGCUAUUUUGAAAGGGAGACCUGCGAUGCAUCCUGUGGAGAGAAUUGCACAGAUCCUUGUUUACACAGACUUCUGUAGUCUAUUAGCAGGUCUUUUCAGAAUGGUUUUGAAGUUGACAAGAAUGUAGCGCAUUUUGAGGGGAGGAUCUUCGUUGUUUGUCAGUCUUGCACUAUUUCCCACACUUCUUGGACAAACCUUGUUUCAGCAACACUCCUUUGCAUUGUGUGUCUCAUUGGUGUCCUGGAAGCAAACAUAAUGGACCUUUCCCAGCAGCCAUGGGAAGAAAUGUUUUGUCUCCUGAAGUCCCAUAAAGGCUGUUCUGAACAGGAUUUGAAGCAUUUAUUUUUUUUCUUCCCGUUUUGAUGGCUAUAGCUAGGCAACAUGGUAAAAUUGGCUGUUUUCCCCACACUAUGUCCGGUUUUCCCAUUGCAUUCUUCUAUAGCCACUCUCCACAACCCGUGGGGCUUCCUUCAGUUUUAUCUGUCCUCUUUAAACAUACCGUUUGUAGGUAUUGAGAACUUUGCACAUCGCUUGGUAUGGGAGGCGUCCUACUUGUGCAGCGAUGCUACAUUGUCAGUUUCAUUGUGCGCGCAGUUCACAAUUCUAUUAUAAACUACUGGCGAGUCACUGGACUGUAAUUACACAUUGGAAUGGGCGGAAAUAUGAAUGACCGGUCACAUCAUAAGUCUGCGUGCAAGAGUGUCUACACAACCUCCAUGAUGUUGCAAGGGAGAUAAAAUGGGGAGGAGCCAGUAUGCUCCAUAGCUUUUUUUUAUUAUUAUUUUUUUAAACGGCAUCAAAGAACAAUAUAUGGUGGCUCUGGCUUUUUUUCCACAACCCAAAUUUAGUGGGCCUUUUUCACCCCUUUUUUAUCAGAAAGAAAGUUGAAGCAGUGGCUGUUAACCUUUUUUUCUUCCCGUUGUUGAUAAAGCAGAAGAACAUCUAAGAAAGCACUAGAAAGAUCAAAAUAUAACAUUCCAGUUCUUAUUUUGUUUUCAGUGGAAUUGGAUCGCCCUAUUUAGCAGGUGUGGUAAGCAAUGGUUUGCCAUGUUAACUUUGUCUUUUUUUUCCUUUUUUUUUAAUAGUAGAAAACGUGUUGCAGGUGGAGCGUUUCUAUUUUUAGUUUACCAUUUUGAAUGUGUUGGACUUAACAUACAAUAAACUACUGAUAUCUGCAUCA